UUGGUAAAUAUUGCAAGUUAAUUGGAACUAACGGUUCUUGUUUAGUAUCAAAACUUCAACAGGACGAGCAAGACCGAAAAACUAAAAAUACUACAAGUACCGUACAAAAAAUUUAAAACUAAAAUUUAUAAACUGAUCGUUGAGCAUGUGCAACACGUCGCUACAACAAAACGGCUUCAAUAAUACGGUUGAUCCUUUAUCGUUUUCAACAUUCCAUCUAUUACGCACAUGUAAUCGGUUAAUGCUACCAAAUACAGAUGCGCAAAAUUACUACAACAUGACAAAGAGUAUUGGUGAUGCCAACGUGAACGGAGCUAUUUCUUCCUCCAUUGCACGCAAGUCACCGUUAUUGGAUAUUAUUGAACCGUUAUCGAUGGCUGACUCUACAGACUCUCUGGAUGUUGAGACCCACAUAGAUAGCAGUAAAUACGACGAUAACGAACAAAGUGGAAAAAUCCACGCUUCUGCUUUAACAGCCACAAUCGACAACGAAAUAUCUUCUAUGCCUGCAACAACAACAACACAAGCCCCGUGUAGCAAUACCAGCUUGCCGUUACCAUUACCUACACUUGGCAUAUUACCCAUUAGCGGUGGAGCCUUGACCGUUAAUAAACCAACUUUACCCGCCUUCGAAUAUAUUUCUCCCACAAAUCAUGCGCUUAGCAUCGCCGACUUUCCCUUAAUGGAGCUGAAUAGAGUGGGUGUAUUUCCUGCGUUCCUGCAUCGACGUUCCCGCGGCGAAAAGCGUCCCAUACCGGACGAGCAAAAAGAUGAGAAGUACUAUGAACGACGUAAACGAAACAAUGAGGCAGCAAAAAAAUCACGUGAUGCACGAAAAAUACGCGAGGAUCGUAUUGCAUUCAGAGCUGCCCUACUCGAACAGGAGAACUCGAUUUUGCGUGCGCAGGUCAUGGCCCUACGCGAUGAACUGCAAACUAUGCGACGGCUCGUUGGUUCGAGUUCAACGACUGCAACAGCCGCUGUUUUAGGCACCAGCGGCAGAGGUCUAAUAGCGUUGUAAACGUCCAAAACAGACGUUCUCUGCAUUGUAAAUACUAUAUUUAAAAUUAUAUUAAAAUGUUAUUGUUAAAAGAAAUAAGAUAUUUUUUUUUAAUUUUGAAUGGUUUUUACAAAGU